AAAGUGUAAAACGCCCUUUUUUUUUAUCUGAAAUAUAUCUGUAUAUCUCUUUUUUCUCCUUUCCGUUCUAUAUAUCCUAUUUUUUUUUGUUGUUGUUGUUGAAAAAUGGAAAAACAAGGGGAAGGAAAGACGUACACGACACUGCAAUACUUAUCCCGACUAGCGCUGUGGGUGUAUUUUCGAAAUAUCAAGGUGAUUUGUCGUACACCACUUCCUGCGGAAGGGCCACUUCUUGUGGCUGCUAAUCACUCUAAUAUGGUACUGGACCCUAUUGUAUUGAUCGCGACCUUUCCACACUCGCGUCCCUGUCAUUUUUGGGCUCUCGCUCGAUUCUUUCGUAUACCCGUGGUCGGUAAGAUCCUCAAGGCGGCUGGGGUCUUACCCGUCGAUACCAAAACGCAUAGUAACGCCAAGUUAUUUGAAUCCACCAUUCAGUCACUAGACCGAGGAGCGGUUGUUGCUCUUUUCCCUGAAGGUACAUCAUAUACAGCACCCAAACAUUUACCUUUCAAGGACGGUAUCUCAUGGGCCAGUUUUGAAUACCUGGAACAGUUGGCUACACGAGAAAGUGGUCCUCGCUCUGUAUCCAUCAUACCCGUUGGUAUCACUUACAGUACCAAGAAUCGAUGGAGGAGUGAAGCCGUGGUUGAAUACGGUGAUCCUAUUAUUCAGACAGUAGAUGAUUUAACAGCAUUUCACAAGGACCCAAAAGCCGUUGUUAAGCAGUUGACAGAUCGUAUAGUCAAGGGUGUCGAACGUAGCACGAUCAACAGUCCUGAUUGGGAUACAACACAUGCGGCUAGAGAAGCACGGUUUGUAUUAUUUGGAGAUUCAAGAGGAGUGCGAUUAGAAGAAUAUGUGCACGUCUCACAAAGUUUCAUCCGUCUCUUUGACGAAUCGGACAACACGCUGUAUCCGACCGAGCGAUCUGAGUUAAAGCAUCGACUUCUCGAGUUCUCUAAAAAGUUAAAAAGUCUACGACUGAACGCCUGUGAUAUCAGCAUGUAUGAAAAUCAAGAAAUUACCCAACCUAAAGCCACUUUACGUCUUCUUUCAACAUGGAUCGCCUUGCUCGUUCAAAUUCCCUUUUUCCUGCCCGGUAUCAUCAUUAAUUCCCCUUUUUAUCUCUUGGGUCGUCUUAUUGAUUCGUAUGAACCUUAUACAGAAUCCGUGGCUCAGGAUAAGCUCAUCUUUUCCUUCUUCUUGGCUCUACCUUUUUACAGUACCUUGAUUUAUACCUUGUGGCAAUGGACGGGCUAUGGUUGGAUGAGUUUGGUGUGUGUGGCCAUGUUAUUACCGAUCUUUGCUUGGUAUCAUAUGGCUCUGAUCGAUAAGAAUUAUGACAUGUUGAAACAGGUGAUUGCGUCAUGGAGGAUCUUUAUUGCCGUCACAACAGGUACGACAGGUGUCGAUGCCGAUUGGACGCAUAGUCGAGAAGCCCUCGAAGAUUGUGUAAGAUUAAGAGGUUGGUGUCGAGACCAGACCAAGUUACUCAUCUAUAAGCUGGCUAAAGCGGGAGAUGAACAUGCAAAUUAUUUAGUAGAGUAUGGAAAACCUUUAUUUGAAUCUCUCGAGCAACAACAUCAGGGACAAUAAAAAAAGAG